AUGAUCCGAGAAGGUCUUGGUUCAACAAUCAAUACACGCCGCCAUUUGAGCCAUAUACAUGGAAAACAUGCAUUGUUGUACGAAUCAUACAAAUCACGAGUACUAAUGAGUCAUCCAAGAACAAAAGAAUAUCAUGAUGCAGCAGUAGUAGCAAUUAUCGUUAACGGACGAGCGUAUUGUGAUUUUAAAAAAAACGGCAUGCAAUCAUUUUUACAAACUAUUGCUCCUGGUUAUUAUGGUCCGUCGGCUCAUCAAGUUCGUUCAAAAAUAUUAACUAUGUACAAAUCAAAAUGUGCACAGUUCAAACAAGAUUUAUCAAGGCAGCCGUUCAUUUCAUUGACAGCUGACGCAUGGAGAAGCGGAAAAUAUCACAGUUUUCUCGUCAUCACCGUCCACUAUACAACUGAUCGUUAUGUGUCCGUGUCAAAAGUGUUAAGUUUUCGUCGAUUUUAUGGUCGACAUUUUGCACCUAGAGUGAAAAAACAUUUGGAACGAGUGAUAAAUUGGUUUGAUAUCAAACACACAAUAGUUGCAAUCAUAACCGAUAAUGAUGAAGAUUCUACAAAUAAUGAAGAUAUUGAUUCGGAUUUGAACGAUUAUCGCUAUAAUAAUAAUAAUGAUAAUCCAGACACAGAUGAUAAUGCUGAUGUAUCGGUUGACCAAGUAGAUGAUAACGACAGUUCAGAUGUCGAAACUAUUGAUGAAGAUGAUGAUGAAGAUGACGAUAGUCAAGAAUCCGAUGAUUCAGCCCAGUCAAGAGAGUUGAUAAAUCAAGUAUCAUCGUUACUUAAUAAAACAAGACAGCUCAUAAGAAAAAUCCGUCAUUCAAGCAUCAUGUUCGACACGAUUAAUUCAUUAGCAAAAGAAAACCAAAUUAUUGCUGCCUAUUUGGAUCCGGUAACAUUUCCAUCGAUGGCUUUGGAUGAUCGUUUAACAGUCAGAAGCCAAUUAGUCGAAUUUGAACAAAAUGGUGACUUAUUAUUACCGUACCUAUAUUACAGUAGAGCAAUAUAG